AUGCGAUUCACAGACUUCAAAAAGGAGGUGGAGAAGGAGAUGACAAUUCCGGUCGACAGGCAGCGGUUCUGGGUGUGGGGCAAGAGGCGGAGCGAUAUGGAUCGCCCAAGCCAGCGACUCAGUGCGGAGGAGGAGGUUAUGACGGUGGGAACGUUGAAGGGGAACACCCCAGACCUCCGCCUGUUUCUGGAAGACACUCUCCCUCCCACCCCUGACUUGCCCGAGAGGGCCAAGGAUGACAUUCUUCUCUUCGUCAAGCUUUACGAUCCGUCGCACGACACCAUUAGCCCACUUGGUCACUUUCUUCAUCUCUCCCUCUCCCUCCCCCCUUCCCAUCUCCCACCCCCCUGUUCCCAUCUCCCCAUCUUCCCCUCUCCCCCUCUCUCAACCUUCCCUCAUCUGUACCCUUGA